AUAGCUUUCAAACAGAGACGAACUUUGGAGAAAUGGACUUGUUUACAAGUUCUUUGCUAUGUCUGCUUUUCACAUGGCUCCUUCUUCAAGCUUUCAACUCAUUUAGAAUUGGAAGAGAAAGCAAGCUCCCACCCGGUCCAAGGCGGCUGCCAAUUGUCGGCAAUCUCUUCGAUCUCGGCGAUAAACCCCACAGGUCUUUUUCUAAGCUUGCUCAGAUUCAUGGCCCCGUUAUGAGUCUCAAACUCGGCACCUUGUUCACCGUCGUCGUUUCAUCGAAAGCAAUGGCCAAAGAGAUCCUUCAGAAACAGGACCUCAACUUCUGUAACCGAACCAUCGUGGAUGCUGUUCGAGCCAGCCAACACUAUGAAUUCGCGCUGCCAUGGAUACCCGUGUCGCCGCUUUGGAGAACUCUUCGCAAGGUAUGUAAUACUCAUAUUUUCAGUAACCAGAAACUCGAUGGCAAUCAGUACCUGCGUCGGAACAAGAUCCAACAACUGAUUGCUCAUGUUCGCGAAAGUUGUCUUAAAGGUGAAGCCGUUAACAUAGGCCAAGCUGCUUUCGAUACUACGAUUAAUUUGAUGUCCAACACUAUUUUCUCUACGGAUUUGGUUGAUCCAAAUUCAUCUAUUGCUCGAGAAUUCAGGGAAACAAUUUGUAGUAGCAUGGUAGAGGCCGGGAAGCCUAAUUUGGCUGAUUAUUUCCCUUUGCUUCGAAAGAUUGAUCCUCAAGGUAUACGACACCAUAUGACUGUUUAUUUAGACAAGUUACUUAAUAUUUUGGGUAAAAUGUUCGACGAAAGAUCAGAAUUAAGAAAAUCCCAGGAUUCUACUGCAUCAAAUGAUGUUUUGGAUACUCUUCUUGACGUUGUUGAAGAAGGAAUCGAGGAGCUUAAUAAAACUCACGUCACACACUUACUUUUGGUUUUAUUUGUUGCCGGAACUGAUACAACAUCAAGCACAUUAGAGUGGGCAAUGGCAGAACUAAUUCAAAACCCACAUGUUUUACUUGAAGCCAAAAAAGAAUUAGAGCAAACAAUCGGCAAAGGGCAUCCAGUCGAGGAAUGUGAUAUACAUCGUUUACCAUAUUUACAAGCAAUCAUUAAGGAAACAUUUCGACUUCACCCGACUGUCCCACUAUUACUCCCUCGCCGAGCCGGCUCCGAUAUCCACCUUUGUGGUUUCAAAAUUCCCGAGGGUUCACAAAUGUUGAUUAAUGUAUGGGCUAUCGGUAGAGAUCCAAGAAUUUGGGAGAAUCCUAACAAGUUCAUACCAGAGAGAUUUUUGGGAUGUGAAAUUGAUGUGAAAGGUAGGGACUUUGAGUUGAUUCCAUUCGGAGGUGGACGACGACUGUGCCCAGGGUUGCCUUUGGCGAAUAGAAUGUUGAACUUGAUGUUGGGAUCUCUUCUAAACUGCUUUGACUGGAAACUUGAAGGUGGAAUCUCAUCAAAUGAAAUGAACAUGGAAGAAAAAUUUGGACUCUCAGUUCAUAUGGCAGAACCUUUACGGGUAAUUCCUGUUCUUGUCUUGGAGUAA